AUGGCCCGUCGCGCAGCUUGCGACCGUUGUCACGCUAUUAAAUCCCGUUGCUUGCCAGGUGUUUCUAACAACGCAUGCUACCGCUGCGCUCGUCUACGCCACACCUGCACCUUCUUGCAAAAGCCUUUAUAUGAAAUGCGCCAUGUUAGGACAACAACUCUGACCGCUGAUGCACCUUUCCAAGCUGCUUCCGCUUUUUCAUCACGCAAGACGGACGAUACUCUAAACUACGUGUCAGAAAAAGGCCGAAGAGUCCCCGUGCCCACUAGUCAGGCGAUCCUCAUAGCCGGAAUCCCUGUCCCUGCUAUUGCUGAAUUUUGUCUAUUAUUUUCUGUUGGCCCCUCUCUAGGCUUGUAUAUGCAACAGGCAUUAUGUUCUCACGUCCUUGAUGCUCCUGCACUGCUGAUGGAACCAUGUCAGGCUGUCGCUGGAGCUUUUAGGCGCGCUACCAUGCGACAGCUUGCUGCCAGUGAUUCCGAUCUACACCGAUGCGCCAAGGGCCUUCAACUGCUGCGUGAAGCUCGCAUUGGCCGUGUCAAGGAGGCUUGUAAUUUCCUGGUACUGGGACUCACUCUAAUUUCUUUCCAGCGACUCAUCGGCGGGCACACAGCCAGCACAAUCUGCCGCUUCACCCUCGCAUUGGUUCAGCCUUGGUCAGAUAUUCUGGCCGACGACGCUACUUCUUGUAUGGAGUUACUUGGCUUGCAGUUUAUGGACACGACCCAUUGUCUAUUCCGCCGACAGGUUCCCAUCCUUGAAUGCCAAGUAUGGAGCCUGGGACUCGUCCACCGCUCCGCCGGUGUCUGCUGUCAGCUUUUGCCAAUUUUGUACAAAGUAUGUGAAGUGGGAUCAUCAUUACGCACCGCCAGCCUGCGCACAUCGUCAGACAGCUUCAUGAACAACUUGCGCGCAGACAUCGAAGGCUGGGAACCAUGCUUGCCGGGUCAAUUCUCGUCUACAGGGAAGUCGAAGCCAGAAAUCACAACUUUGCUAUCACAGGCGUACGUAUAUCGUACGGUCGCAUUAUUAGUUCUACAUCGACUUCAAUAUCCGCUUGGACGAGAAGACGAAAGGGCAGGGGCACUUGCUAAGGCAAUCGCAGCCGACUUGGAGCGCUGCCUCUCUAUUACAGGGCAGUGUCCACCUCACGCGGUCCUCCCUUUAGUAAUGGCAGGGGUUGAAGCCAUUUGCAUCUCAGAGAGGGAGCAGAUUCAUUUUCUCAUUUCGAGAGUGCGCGGAGCCGCCUUCUACCCAUAUAUUCAACAUUUGCGCGAGUUGUUGGCCGGAGUGUGGGUGUCACGUGAUCGUGGUGAGAAUCGAAACGUCUUCAACCUGUUCGACCAGUAUCCGAAUGUGGACCAUAUAUUGCUCUGA